UAUAUAUAUAUAUAUAUAUAUAUACUGUAUAUAGUUACUUUCUUCAAAUCUACUUUAGUGCAUAAUCCAAGUGAAGUUUGUUUUUGUAUAACUGCUGCGCCCCCAACUGCUUGUCCAACCAUUUGAUUUUGUUGGUUGUUGGGUCACCAGUCUUGAUGAUUCUGAAUAGCUUGCAUACCCAUAUUUGUGUAUGAAACAUGUUGGAUUACCUUUACACUAGACACCAGUAGCAAAUGAUUAGCUAAUUUUCUUUAAAUUGUUGCACACACUAUACAUAUAUAUUGUAGCUAUUGGCUGUGUUUAAACAACUGCAUUGUCUCCAGGUCUAUUUCUGAGUACAAAUUAUUUACUGCCAUUAAACAAACAACUUGGCGUGAUGGUACUGAAGGACUGCUUUCUUCCUCAUGGACCGCCUGAAUGGUGAAAUUCUCAUUGGAGUUUCUUUGCCCACAGAGCUGGCCCUGCCAUUAGGCAAAGUGACAUUAAGCUGCCUCAGGCAUCUGAUUUUGGCUGUCACGAAAGGGCAGCAAACUUCUUUUUUAAGAGGGGGAGAGAUGCUUGCCAAAAUAAGUGGCUGUGGGUACUUUGCACCUUUGAGCAUGCCAUGUCCUGAGUUCUGUCUCAGACAGCAAAAUAUUUGGGACUGGCUUUGUUCUCUGAGUCCCCAGCCUUUGAAGGUGAGGUGGAUGGUCUGGCCUUUGCUGUGGAAAGGCCUUUUCUAUGGUGGUGACUCAAUUAUGGAACAGUAUCCCCAGGGAUGCAGGUGACGCUGUGGGUUAACCACAGAACCUAGGGCUUGCUGAUCAGAAGGCCGGUGGUUCGAAUCCCUGCGACCGGGUGAGCUCCUGUUGCUCGGUCCCAGCUCCUGCCAACCUAGCAGUCCAAAAACACGUCAAAGUGCAAGUAGAUAAAUAGGUACUGCUCCAAGCGAGAAGGUAAACAGUGUUUCUGUGCACUGCUCUGGUUCGCCAGAAGCGGCUUUGUCAUGCUGGCCACAUGACCUGGAAGCUGUACGCCGGCUCCCUCGGCCAAUAACGUGAGAUGAGAGCCGCAACCCCAGAGUCGGUUACGACUGGACCUAAUGGUCAGGGGUCCCUUUACCUCUAUCCCCAGGGCAGCUUCUUUGUGCUUUUUUUGUUUUAGCAUUGAGUGAAGACAGUUUUAUUUGCUCAGGCCUUUUACAUUUGGUGGUUGUGAUAAGGUACAACUGGUUGUUGUUCAUAUUGUAUUGAAUUUUUUUGGUCAGCAGUUUAACUACGUAGCAUGAAUUAAUCUGAAAUCCUUUUGACAGAACAGCAGGAGAGGCAAUUUUUGGAAUAAGUGAAUAAAAGUAUCAGUCAUUCCUGCCGCUAUCACUUCUUUGGCUGGCUUGUCCCAUAGACCAUAAUGCCACUGAAGACAACAGCAACUUGUCACGAGAAGCCCUGUAUCAGUCCCCCUCCCCAAUACUGCCACCUUGUUUAUUCAGUACAUAGGCCUUUCUCAGGACUGUACACAUCAUACGUUUAAAACCACUGGGAGCUGUAGCUUAUCUUUCACAGUGCUACAGUGCCCAGCACCCUUAACAACCUUUAAUUCCAAGGGUUCUUUGGGAAAGUCAUGUGCUUUAAAUGUGUGGUGCUUACACAACCACUUUCUCCUUCAACCAUCAUUCUCUGCUUUUCAGUUAAUUGUCUUCCAUCUCUCAGCAACCACAGCCUGACUUUAAACCUCCUUCUUAGCCCUCUGCUUUGACAUUGCCCAGUACUUCUGUCCUUCCUUCCUAUCUUAUCCCUCAAAGCUGCAUAAGCUAUGGAUGGGCAACUGGUCCAGAUGUCACUGGACUCUAAUGCCUAUCAGCCCCAGGUGGUAUAAUCAGGGAUGAAGAGAGUUGUCAUCUAACAACAUCUGGGGGGGGGGCGCACAGGCAGCUUGCACUGGCAUUAACUUUUCCUGCAGUGAGCCUUGUGCAAAGGUUUCAAUGCUGCGAGCCAGAUAAUUUUCUAGUACUUUUAUUUUCCAUGGGAAAUUUUCCAUUUCUUAAAUUCAUUAGUAAUGAUGUCAACAUCUAAUACCAUAUUGGGCAAGCUUGGAAGCUUUUAACUUUGUUAACUAACUAGAACUACAAUAAAUAUGCUAAAUUAGAUAACUAACUUGAUUCUUUUCUGAUGCAUUGGGGGGGGGGAUCCAAUUUUUCAAAAAAGAAGCCCACAUCACUGGAAGGUUUUUCUAUUUUCCUAUCUUCUCCCUAGUAUUCUUAUCCUGUAUAAGCUAUGUAUUUCCUCAGCUAAACCUAACAUCCUAGAAAAUGCCCCCCUCCACACAAUCCCAACCUCUCUGGGGCACAGAUGGUAGGAGGGAAAUACUGUAGGACAGGCAAAACAAGAACAACCAAAAAAACCUGUGUACCAUUUGUUGAAGUCAAUUAUAUCCAAUUCAGCAUUGUUUUCAAAGGUAUAUAAGGUACUGGCAACAUACAGGGAUUUAUGUGUAACUUGUGUCCAAUGUGGGCCAGUGCAUACUGUGGUUCAUGUGAUGGGUUUCUCAACAUUUGGAGGAAAUGCCUCCAUCGCGCAUGUGAUGGACUUAUUGAAACUGAUACUAUCAAAAGAGGGAUACAGUGUUUGUGUGGAAACAGCAAUACCAGGGUAUAGGCAUCCUGCCUAUGGUGGCUCUGUCUGUACUAAGGAUCAAAGGCUUCACCUCUUUCAUUCCAGCUUUCUCUCUACUUGUGCUCACUUUCUCACUGUUUUCCACAAUAGGGGAGCAUAGGACACUAUCCAUAUCUAGCAUGCCUACUUGAUUCUUUAGGAUGCUAGUCUGCCUGCUAUGCUCAAAGGGAAGUUGAUGUCCCUGCUGUCAUUAGAUGGGGAAAGGGAUUUAGUACAAGAACAUGAAUUUCUUUUCUUUUUUCUGCUGUGGACAGUGCUGAGGUAAUCCAAUGGUGUGUCAUCUAGGGCAGAACUUUGGGUGAUUUGCAAUAGAAUGGAAGGAUUUCUGCCCCCUAAUUGCUAAACAAGAGCAAUACACCGAAAUGAUCCUUCUCCAAAUUAGACUGCUGAAGUGAAAAAAAGAAGAAGCUUUGAGUAACCAGGAAUGGAUUUUUAUGUGAAAGGACUGUGAGUUCAGCUUAUUUCUGGUACUCAAAGCAAAUCCUUGUGCUCAGUAGCUGCUCAGAGGGAGGCUCCAUGUUCUUGGUUAUUCCUUUGGAGCAGGCUAUUGCUUUCUUGCCCUAUGUACACACAGAGGAGGAUCACUUUGUCUAAUCCAUGUAAAAUUUCAUUUAUAGUAAAGGGAGAAAAGUACUAUCAUUUUACAGUUUUUUGUGUUAUAUAUUGUGGUUAGGCUGAGUUGUAUCCUGUGUGUUCUCGUCCAUUAGUGUGUCCUCUCAUUCACUAGUUAGUUUCACUUUGUAAGCUUAAGAUUUCAUACUCAAGGUCUCUUAACAGUUUGGGCAUAGUUAAUCUGUGUGGGGUAGCCAACAUAAUGCCGUACAGAUGAUAUUGGACUAUAGCUCUCAUUGGCUCUAGCCAGCUGGCCAAUGGCCAAGGAUGAUAAGAGAUGUAGUCCAAGAGAUGUAUACGGAUUGAUUACUCCUGAUCUGGAAUAAUAGAAUCAUAGAGUUGGAAGAGACCACAAGGGCCAUCCAGUCCAACCCCCUGCCAAGCAGGAAAAUCUAUACUGAGCAAUCCUCUCUGGGUUAAGAAUGUAACUAAUAAGAAGUUACUUGCCUAUGCUUUGGAAGAAUCCUAAAAACACUCACACACUAGUAUUCCUCCAGAAACUGACCAGUCUAUCUUCUGCCCAUCUCCACAAGAAAACAAAUCUUUAUAUCUGUAUGUCUCCUCACCCCGUUAGUAUAUGAUGUUAUAACUACUGAAGUUGUUUCCCUAAAAAUCCACAUCCCUUGCCCAUUUAAUAGCAGUAAAUAAACUACCAGUUCUGUGGUUUUCAGCCAUGAACAUAAUAAAUGACACUAUAGUUCUCCUUCUUUCAAGUUCUAGCAUUGUGAUACUUCAGUAUUAUAUUCCAUCACCGCCACCCUUUGCGAAUGCAAUCAAAUUUUUUGAAUGGGCUAUAAUUCUUCCACUUUGGGCAAGGCCAUCCUUACAUCUGACAAUAAAUGUUUAAUGUGUUGUAUUUCUGCCCCCCCCCCAAGAUACAUGUAUUGUAAAGCUUGUCAAUUUAUUUCUGGAUCAGUCCAGUUUGUGUUGUUUACAAGACUUGCUUUCCAUGGAAGUGGCUUCCAAUGUUACAAAGUCCCUUUGGCAAAGAAUAAAAUUAAGCUGAUACACAUUGUGCAUAUCAGCCUCAAGUAGCAUGCUUUAAAAAAGGAAGUAAAUGUAAAAUGGCAAGAAAAACUUUCAACAAAGCACAUUUUACAUUUGGCAAAUGCAGUAAUUAAAAUUAGUCAUAGAAACCUACAGAUAGUAGAGCUUAGCAUCAUAGUUAAUGAUUUAUUUUAUGUUAAUGACUUUCUGCUAGGGCAUAAAAGACUGCUCAUAAUGGACUCUCAAUGCUCUAUUCAGUUGCCAAGGAUAAUGGGAUAAUCUUCCCCAAAAUUAAGCUUUUUUGAAGUAUAUUAUGCUGUUAUUUUUCAAGUUAACUCUUCAAAAUUUAUUGCAGCACUAAUCUUUCAAGACCUACUUGUAUCCUUAAUGGAAAUGUGUUUUAGAAACAUCAGGUUCCUUGCUCGUUAACCAGUUUGACGGUGAGAACAUGUAUAUGAGUAUGUCAGAGCCGACCCAGGAGUACGUGCCAGCCAGCCAGUCUUUUCCUGGCCCGAGUCUAGAAAGUGAAGAUUUUAACAUACCUCCCAUCACUCCACCUUCAUUACCUGACCAUUCACUGGUACAUUUGAAUGACACAGAAUCUGGUUAUCCUUCACUGUGUCACCCUAUCAACCAUAAUGGCCUGCUUCCAUUCCAUCCACAAAACAUGGACCUACCUGAAAUCACAGUCUCCAAUAUGCUUGGCCAAGAUGGAACACUCCUUUCAAACUCACUGUCGGUGCUGCGAAACUGGACUAACAUGGCAGCUGAAGAAUUUGCUAUGCAAGAAUUACGGAAUACAGAAGGAGCUCAGUAUAGUUCCCACCCCCAGAUAGCAGCCAUGAGACCAAGGCUUCAACCUGGAGAUAUGAGGCAGCCUGGAAUGCUGCAACAUGGUCAGCUGACAACCAUUAACCAGUCACAACUAAGUGCUCAGCUUGGUUUGAACAUGGGUGGAAACAAUGUUCCACAUAACUCCCCAUCUCCUCCUGGAAGCAAGUCUGCAACUCCUUCACCAUCCAGUUCAGUUCAUGAAGAUGAAGGAGAUGAUACUUCAAAGAUCAAUGGGGCAGAAAAAAGACCUGCCUCCGAUAUGGGAAAGAAGCCCAAAACUCCCAAAAAGAAGAAGAAGAAGGACCCUAAUGAGCCACAGAAACCUGUUUCUGCCUAUGCAUUAUUUUUCCGAGAUACUCAAGCUGCCAUCAAAGGCCAAAACCCAAAUGCUACCUUUGGCGAAGUUUCUAAAAUUGUCGCUUCCAUGUGGGAUGGCUUGGGAGAAGAACAAAAACAGGUGUAUAAAAAGAAAACUGAAGCUGCUAAGAAGGAAUAUCUGAAGCAGUUAGCUGCAUACAGAGCAAGCCUUGUAUCCAAGAGCUACAAUGAACCUGUGGAUGUUAAGGUAUCCCAGCAACCUCAGAUGAUGAACACAAAGCAGUCAGUAUUCCAUGGAUCUACACAGCCUCAUUCGGCAUUGUAUCUAAAUUCCCAUUACCACCAACAAGGAGGAAUGAAUCAUCACAUAACAGCCAUACAUCCCAAUAUUCCUAGGAAUAUAGCACCUAAGCCUAACAGCCAAAUGCCAGUGACUGUUUCCAUAGCCAAUAUGGCUGUGUCUCCACCUCCAUCCCUUCAGAUGAGUCCUCCUCUUCACCCGCACCUCAGUAUACAACAACACCAGCCACUUACAAUGCAGCAGUCCAUUGGGAACCAGCUACCAAUGCAGGUCCAGUCUGCUUUACAUUCACCUACAAUGCAACAAGGUUUUACUCUCCAGCCUGAUUACCAGAAUAUUAUCAACCCAACAUCUACAGCUGCACAAGUUGUUACCCAAGCGAUGGAGUAUGUUCGUUCAGGGUGCAGAAAUCCCCCAGCACAGAGUGUGGACUGGAAUAAUGAUUACUGCAGUAAUGGGGCCAUGCAGAGGGACAAAGCUUUGUACCUUACCUGAACAGUUUGGGAAAGCGCCUCUUCUUUCCACUGAGGAAUGCAGGGAAGUCUUUUCAUCCCAGAUUGCUAUAUGCAGUCAAGGCAGUUCUGCAUUUAUUUAGAAAAUAUAAGUUGCUAAGCACUUAGGACUAUUUAAGCUGGUGGGUCAUUCACUCUGGGGGAAAAUAGUCUUGCUCCUUCCUCCACCCCCUUGUUUCUUUUUCUUUCUCCUUCAGCAUCCUUUAAAUGGACGUUGCUUUUCUUCUUUCAUUUAGGAAGGAGGCUUGGACCAUUCAGAUUUUAUGUUGGUUUUUAUUUUUGCUGUGAAGUGCUGCGCUAGUAACUGCCUUAGCAACUGUAGAUGUCUUGGAUAAAAGUCCUGGAUUUUCCAUUGGUUUUCAUAAUGGGUGUUUAUAUGAAACUACUAAAGACUUUUUAAAUGGCUUGAUGUAGCAGUCAUAGCAAGUUUGUAAAUAGCAUCUAUGUUACACUCUCCUAGAGUAUAAAAUGUGAAUGUUUUUGUAGCUAAUUGUAAUUUGAAACUGGCUCAUUCCAGUUUAUUGAUUUCACAAAGGGGGUUAAAUUGGCAAACAUUCAUAUUUUUACUUCAUUUUUAAGCAACUGACUAAUAGUUCUAUAUUUUCAAACUCUUUGAAAGAAAAAAGGGAAAUUAUUCCCAAAUGAAUUUAAUUAAACAGAAAUUGGCUUUCUGUCAUUAGUUAUACAAAAAAAAGUUUAGUGUUGGGAAAAGAGCAAACACAUUUAUUUUGUACUGCCUAAAACUGCUUUUUUAUCACUUUAUGUGUAAUGGUUAGUAAACGUCAUUUACGUCCUCUUAUGUAUAAAACGGCCAAAUGCUUUCUUGAUAUUUUAUUAGAUGCUGAAACAGAUUGGAAACAUCUAAAUUAUAACCUUUACAUACGGCUAUGUAUUAUUGUUUCUUCAUACUGUGUCUGUAUUUAAUCUUUUUUAUGGAAGCUGUUGCGCCUAUUUAUGAAAUAAUAAAUAUAGGUGUUUGUAAGUAAAUUUGUUAGCAUCUUAAAGAAGAUUUUUUUAAACUACUUUUGUUGGCAUCAAUGUAUUUGCUGCUGGUGUGAAUACUUUUAGUUUAGUUUUUACAGUGAUAUGAAUAAAGCCAAACCAGCUUUUCAUGGCAGAAAAUGAAGGUAAUCAACAUUUAUUCUAUACUUCCUAAGUUGAUCUGUGACCAAAAUUUAAAUAAGUAGAGGGAGGGGGAGCUAAAUCCUUAACAAACUUCCCUGUAUCUCUAGUCACAAGUUACCUAGAUCACAUUAGUGAAGACUAGAUAAGGUGAUAUAGAGUACGUCAAAAGUCUGAUGUGCACAGGGACUUCCCCAUUCUCUUCUAUGAAGGGAAGCUUUCUGCACAUAGGUAGGAAUGGUGUUACAUGCACAGCUCAUUCCUGUGCCUACAGACGACAGCAAAGAAGCCCCUACAUGAAUGCAGCUCCAUAUAAUGUAUUGGGGCAACUGGAGCAGUGCCACUGUUUUAAAUGGAUGCCUUUGGCAUUCAGAGAACAUUUGCCCCAAAAAACAAAGGUGAAUUAUAAUGGAAAAAAGAAACCAAAAUGUAAAGUUACCAAAAAUACUUCAGUUAUGAAGGCAAAAAGGGCUAUGUCAUAAUUUUUAUGAGUAGGAAGUAGCAAGAACAGGGCUAAAUUCUUCAGUAACCACUGAAUGGCCCAAGAGUAGAAUAGUGAUUAAGAGAGGCCAAAACUGAGUAUUUUUACCACUUAGAUUAAGGGAAGUCCAACAUGGUACCCUCCAGAUAAUAUUGGACCACAGUUCCCAUAAAUCCUGACUAUUAGUCACAUUGGGGAGGAUGAAAGUUGUAGUCCAACACUAUCUGGAGGAACCACGUUGGCUACCCCUUGGUUUAGAACAUGAAUAGUUAUGAAUAACCCAUUCUGAGAUGAAUCCAUCCAUGGUCCUCCAAAUGGAAAUGGGCCUACUUAGGAAGGGAUGAAUAAUGAAUAAGGGAUGUUGUAGGUGUGUCAAACACUGCCAGUUCCAUAGCUGCCAAGUUUUCACUUUUCUCGCGAGGAAGCCUAUUCAGCAUAAGGGAAAAUCCCUGUAAAAAAGGGAUAACUUGGCAGCUAUGGCCAGUUCUCCCAUCUGUAUAUUGACUAUGCCAGAGACAGAGUUAACCAAUCAGCCUCCAAUUGACAUUGAAGGUAGCACUCUUAAUUUUUUGGAUCCUAUCUUUGUUUCCUUAAGAGUUCUCCUUCUCCCCAUCCAAACAGAGGAUCAAAUUAUGUUUUGAGCAAGCUGGUGCAAUUCCUGUUUCCUUUUGUCCACUUACUCUUGGCUACAAGCUCUGCCAGGCAAUUCAUAUCUCCUGUUUGGGAAAAUCUAGUAUUCUCAUCUUAAGGGAUGCUCAGGGUGGCAAACUUGUACUGGUUAAAUUGCGAUUCAUCUGGCUUCUAUUUCAUAUAUGAAAUAGAGAUAUUGUGUUAAUCCAAUCCAAAAGAAAAAGAUGUAAAAUGCCUGAAAAGGACAUUAUGUUUGCUUUGAAAUGAAAUUAGGCAAUGUACAAACUUGAAUCACUUGAGCAUGUAAUAACUAAUAAAUAAUGCAGAUCAGAUGUGAUUAUUCAAAUGGCUAUAGCUGAGUUCUAAUUUUCUUGUCUUGAAUCCAUAUAGGAAGUCACAAUUACAUUCAUGGUUUUAUUGUCUUUAUGUUGAGUGUUUUAGAAAUAAACCAGCACUAACAAUUAGAUAAUAUUUCCUAUUAAAUUCUGUUAUAGUAAAAUUUCAUUUCCCACUCAGAAUAAUUCUACAAAGAGAGAAGCAGUUGGCAGUUACGGGAAUCAGCUUUACCAGGAUUUGAUGGGAGAGUGCUGUGUUAUCAAUAUCUUUGCUAGAGAGGCUGUGCUGUCACAGAAUACCAUUUAUUAAUUUCAGUAGCCAACCAAGGUUCAAACUAGAAGCAAAUAUUAAUGUCAAUAAAACGUAUGUCAUAAUUAAAGAACUUCUGUGUGGUGGUGUUGCUGUUCAAGUAUACACUGGAGGUUAAAACCUCACCCCUUUGCACUGCUUGGAGGUAUUUUAGUCAUGUUUCCACAGAGCAAAUGCACAUUACAUAACUGCAUGAGUGGUUGUUCCCUAACACACAUUCUGUGGAAACUUGGCCUGAUUAGUGCAAUGUGCUAUUUCACGUUAUUACUGUACCGGCAAAUGUUCAGCCUAGAGAUCAAAAUUGCAGUCUUGAAAAUGAGAGUAGCUACAGUAUUUACUUGCCUAGAGCAAUUAGCUGCCCUUAUAAUAGGAUCCUGAAAACUCACUUAAAUGUCCGACUUAGUGCAUAUUUGCACAGCAACCACUUUUAAAUAUGAUUUAUAUACAGUGCAAUCUUAUAUUUAUCUACCCAUAACUGAGUUUAUGUACCUGGAAGCAAAGUAUAAGUUUAUGUAGCCAGAGGUGAGUAUAAGAUUGCAGCCAUACCCAUGUUAUCAAGCUCAGGAUAUCCUUUCUGGAAAGCACCAUACAUUUAAAGCAUUUUGCAUGUUAAAUAUAGCAUCACUGGUAAAAUAUUUUGAAUGAUAGGUGGAAGACUAAAACAUAUAUUUCAAACUGCAAAAUGCAACUCUGAGAAUAGUUUAGUUAUAUGAAAGAUGUCCACAAAUUAUACAAGAGGCUAGCAACCUUUCCAGAUUUCCCGUUUGAAGUCAUUUUCAUUUUUAAGGCCUCCAAUCCCAGCCUGCAUCAUUCCCUACCUUUCUUGCAUGUCUGUUUUAACCAUAUAGAAAAGGUUAAAGAUUAUGGAGCAAGUAUUAAGUCACAUGUUGUUAGUGACGUAGGAAGGGGGUGCAGGCCGCCCUGGGUGUCUUUACUGAGGGGGGCUGACAAAAUGGCAGCUCCUGUGCUGCUUCCUGAUGAGAGGUGGGGAGCCGCACUGCUUUGCCAGAGGCCUUUCCCCUUCAUUUGGACAGCUCGAGGGAGGCUUGGGAGGUUUUCCCCCACCCCAGGAAGCAGCCUGGGAGUGUGGGGCAAUGGGGCGCCACCUGCCUGCAACUCCCAAGCUUCCCCCGAGCUGUCAAAACAUCAGGAAGAGCUUUCUGGCAGGCAGAGCUGUUUGACAGUGGAAAGAACUCCCUUGGGAGGAGGUCACCUCUCCUUCCUUGGAGGUCUUAGAGGCUGGAUGACCCUCAGGGGUCCCUUCCAACUCUACAAUUCUGUGGUGCAGGUUUGUGCAGAUUUUUAGGUACAAGUUGGAUGCAAGGGGUGCAUAGGAUUGCAGCCAAUAUUAUGCAUCGGUGGCUCGGGAAUAAGUCCCACUGAUCACGAUGAGACUCGCAGGCAAGUAGAUUGCUGCUGUGCAGUCCUACUUUUUAAAUAAAUGUUUUCCUUUUCAGAUAAUACAGAGCAUGGUGUAAUCACAAUAAAUAAAACCUCCCCUUCAGUAGCUUCAAGCACUACUACAGGUUCCACAUAAUAUCUGUACUGCUUUGUUUAGUGUAGCAGCACCUGCACUUUGGAACUCCCCGCCUAUUGCAAGAAAGCAUGUGCCUUUGCUGUACUCUUUUCAGGCACCUGCUAAAAGCAUUCUUGUUUAGGCAAGCAUACCCAGCUGCUUAGGAAGUUGAAGUAAUGUGGGAGGCAGUGGAAGACAGGAGUGCCUGGCGUGCUCUGGUCCAUGGGGUCACGAAGAGUCGGACACGACUAAACAAUAACAAAUGUUUUAAAGUAGGGUUGUUAAUUUUUCUUGAUUUUACUGCUGUGGUGUUUUUUGUUUUGGUAAACCACUUUGCAGGUUGUUUUCUAAAAUAAUUUUUUAAACAUAAAAUAAACAAAAAAUAUAAAUAAAAUAACACAAGCCAAAACACAAUCCAUCCUAUAGAUUUAAGUAUCUGUCCACAGUCGCCUACUUGUUAUCAGAGGCGCAGAAUCCACAUUCCUUUGUAAGAGAAUAUGAAAUUAAGUCAAACCAUUUUUGCAGGCAAAAAAAAAAACAAUGUGGAGGGGGGGCAGACAAGAAAUUUUCCGUACCGGGUACCAGCUGACCUUGCUACGCCACUGCAUGUUGGGUCUCUUUCUUUGACAUGCAUUAUAGGUGUAGCAUUGGGUACUGAAUUUGCAUGGCCUUUCCAGAUUAAUGACACUAGAACAGAACAUUUGUAAGGAAAGAUGAAAAUGUUUGUCAUCAACAGUGACAACUUGGGACUUUGGUUUUUUUCAUGCAGUAUCCUGCUAGGUGUGAAGCAGCGCAUGUGGUUGAUUUCACCAAAGGCAAACAUGGGCAGGAAUGCAUAGGAACCAGGAAAACAUUUAUCCAGUGCUGGCAAAGGAUUUCAUCAAGGUUCAUCACUUAUCUUAGAGCACUGGUAUAAUGUUACAGGACUUCUGGCAAAGAAACACACGUAAUCCUCUUAUCACUACACAUGGCACAGUGUAUCCUCCUUGGCAGGGUUAUUUUUCUAUUUUCAGGCAUGCUAAAUCAUAAGUGAAAUGUAGUCCUUUUAUACAAGUAGAAAAAUUCCAAACUUUACUGUUGGCAUUUUGGAAUUCUGUCAAGGUUGUUGCUAAAUGAAAAGAAACCCACCACUUUUUAGAUAAAGGUAAAGGUAAACGGCCUCGGUCCGGUAUACCUGAAGGAGCGUCUCCACCCCCAUCGUUCUGCCUGGACACUGAGGUCCAGCUCCGAGGGCCUUCUGGCGGUUCCCUCAUUACGAGAAGCCAAGUUACAGGGAACCAGGCAGAGGGCCUUCUCGGUAGUGG